ACUGCAAUCAUCAUCAUCAUCAUCGGCAUUGGAUCCCGAGGAGUUCUUGAUCGUGUUCUUCGGCCCCGUAUCAGAAGCCGCAGACAAGUUUGAGCUUGUUCUCGGACCAUUGGGACACUGCUUGCUUGCUUCUACGAUGGACUGACGUGAUCGAUGGCCGGCGGUGCACGGCUAUCUUGGCUAACUUAAGGGACUCUUGGAACUGAAGCGGGUCGUGCUUUCUUGGGUUUGAUACUCAGAUGUUUGCUUUCACGUGCUGCAACUUGGUCUAGGGAAUGGUCGAGCUUUGAGUGACCACUGACUGCGAUGUGUACCUAAUGUAUGCACAAUCUUGUGUCGGAGAUGCUCUAUUUAGCCAUCUUGAGACUGCCGCCGCUUUCAGUCUGACGCUUUUGUCCAGUACACCUAACAUGAAGGCUACUCCUCCUUUGGUACUAUUGGACAAUGUCUGUAAGUCCCCAUCUUCUUCGUACAUAUUUUCAUAUUUUUUUUCUUACCUCCUUGUAGCACUGAUGAGAAGAUCUCGCUCUCAAUUGUAAACUGAUCGUUGUCUGUGACUAAGGUGUAACGACGUAGUACCUCUGUAUAUCGACUUCGUGCUGUCUGAAGAAAAUUAUGGCAAAAGAAAACCAUCAAUCUUAUAUAUUUGCUGAUAUUGGACUAGCUGCUCCAUAGUAGGCAGAUCUUCACAAGUGGGGUGCUCUGACGCAGGCCAGUAAAUGUUGCUCAUCUUUCCUUGUCGUGUGUCGAACCUCACAUGCAUGUCAAGUCUACUCCGGUAGAUGCAGCAAGAAGUCUUUGUCUCAGAGUGCAAUCUACGGUCUCGUCUUCGACCUGGGGUUGCGAGUGCACGUGCGCGGUAGUUCUUCACUCAUACCAUGCAUACAAACUUCUCCCGCUCAGGUGGUAGGCGUAAACUAUUAGUUCUCAUUCUCUUCCAUACAAGUGCUUCUGCGUUGAAACCCCUGGACCAGUGAACGGGAGUGAGGAAAUGAAGUAUUGACGUAAAAUCUUGUUUUAAUGCGAAACAAAAGAUCGGUUGCAAUUGCAAAUCCAGGAAAUGUGCAUUUCUACUAAGUUCCACGUCCAUGCAUUACACAUAUUUGACCUUUUCGACGACGAGUCGAUCCUACCUUGCGUGUAUAUUCCACGUGCAGUCGGUUUGGUUCCUGAGCUACGUUUAGGUGAAGCAUUUUAACGCUGAACGACUGACGUAUGAUCGGGAGCCCGCUGCCCACGGCGAGGCACACAUUGAAUUUUUCAAUGAUCUCACUGGCGUGAAUUGGGGUCUGUUUUGAUACUGGAGUUGUUUGUCAGAAUGGGUGUUUCAGACCUAUGUCUGGAAUCCAGAUAGUAAGCUUUUUCACGAAAACCCCAAACCCAGGUGAAAUAAGCUCAGGCUGUAACGAACAAGUGAUUCAUACGGUCUUGAUGGAUUCUGGAAACCUCUAGCUUCAAUUGAUCAAAUCUUUCUCUUACGUACAUGCUGACAGGAAUCUCAAAACCUGCGAAGUUGCAUAGCUUAUAUGAUGUGCUAUACGUAUACCAUGUGUUUCUUUGGCAAGCUGCCCAAUAGAAAUCAGUUAGGCUGAGCGUAAAAAGUCCGGCUAGUCUCUCUUCAGUGAUGCUGCUGUUUAAUUGUCUCCCGUAUGGGGGAUCCUUUCAUCUUUCUUGUGUGAGUUUGCAAGUCUGUGUUCCCGUUUAAAAGUGUAUGUGGGUUAGUAAAAUUUUUACAUCUGACUGUGCGAUUGAGUGAAGCGAACCUAUCUCGAAGCAACAUUUGGGUGGAGGAUCAGUCUACUCCUACAUUUCAAGUACAUCCUCCCUGGUGGAGAAUGAAGCGGCGGAGGCCUAAGAGUUGCUAAUAAGCACAUAUGUUAUAAUUUUGGGUACAUCGGGGAUCUUUCAAAUGCUCAGUGUGUGUAAGGUUAAAGGUGUAUAGGACAUGAUUUGUACCUAUCCUUUUGGAGAGAGUGUGGACUGGUAUUUGAGAAAGGUGUUACUGGGGUCAAUGAGAACGAAGUUAAAAAAUAUUGCUGUCAUGUUGUGUCUUGGAAGGUGGCCUGCCUCCAGCUCUCAUUUUCUUGAUAAAUUCUCUUCAAGUAGAAUUAAAGAUUGUGGUCGCGAGGGGCUAGUCAUCUUUCAAGGACUUGACUUGAUUGCAUUGACUCGGCUCCUUACUUGAAUUUCUCACCAAUAUCAACAUCAAAAGAAAAUCAAAGGUGAGUCAAUUUCCUCCAAGUUUAUGAACUGUUCACGCUUGUCAACUGUUUAUAAGAGGCUGCCAGAAAUUUGGAACUCAUUUCCAUCUGCUUCUGUUUGUAGUUAGUGAUUUUCAUAUUCUUCUAGACUUUCAACCCCUUGAGAGAUAAGACUACAUUUACUGAGAAUCAGUUUUGCUAGUUAUAAAUAUUUACAAUUAGUGAUACAGUAUUUAGAGAAAAGAUCUGAACGUUGUAGGUUGUGCUUAACUUAGACGAGUAAGGUUUCAAGGUUAUAUAUAUGUUUACGUUUAUGUUAACAUAACUCCAUGCCCUGUUGAAGCGGACUUUGCCCUCAUAUUUGAAUCGAUUGUUCACCGAGGCCCGGUAUAGCAUCUUUUGCUCUGCUGGAUUAUGUAUCAAGCACCAGACAAAUAUGAUAUCAGCUUGUAUUGCUCUAAUUGUGAAUGAUCGACGUUGGCCGGCCUUUCAGCAUGCAUCUAUCCAGUAUGAUCGUUGCUUGGAGAUCAAGGAGAACGAGUGGGCGAAAUAAGUUUCUAUUUGUACCACCUGAGAUUGUGUAGUCAGAUCUGCUCACGUUUAAUAAACGUCGUUAGCUGUGAUGGAGGUCGUACUUUUUGUUGUGAACCGUUAAGAAGCCUGCUUUGUCAGCUGGAGGAGACGCAAAGUGACAUCUCUUCAGCACAAAGGUGAACGCAUCAGUGUUACCACAUUAGACAAGGUCUGUUUAAUCAUGGUUUGCAUUCUUGUGUUGAUGUCUGCUACAGGCUCAAUGCUGCGUAGUGGAUUGUCUGUAAGAUCUAGCAUAUAUUGCACUAAACGGUUUGUUCAUAGAUAACACUAACGCAGCCACGUGAAUACUUUUCUUUCCCCACAUUCAUUACAUUGUGGUGGACAGCUAUAUUGGAUACGAUUGCUUCUAUGAAGUUUACCGAGCAGUCUUAACUGAGAACACCUUGAGUCUUCGGGACUGUUGGGUCAGUGUAGGUUGUGACAAGUAAUUGUUUAAAUUAGAUUUGAAACCAUGAAGGAUAAUUUACGUCUCAACUUGUCGCAUUUGUAGAAUGUUUGAUUGAGAGCAGACUUUUGAUUCAGAUUUGUUGGAAACUUUUAGUAUCUGUAGAAUCUUUUCAAAAUCAUUAUUUCAUUAUAUAGAUUAGAAUUCUGUGUAUAAUGCAUAUGCGAGCAUCGAGAUGAUUCAACGAUGUUUUAUUCUUCCCAACAUAAUAAUAAUGAUUGAAAAUAUUAUUGUCGGAUUGAU